CAUGUAUCAUGACCAUAACACAGCUAAUUAGCAACUCAUAAUAAACUCAAUAUUUUAUUCUUGAACUCAUCUUCUUCAUCCCUAUUGUGUUACAGAAAUACAUACAAAAAUAAAAUAUAGUUUUCAUAUAUUUCUGUGCCCAUUCCUGGUUGUCAGUCCUUGUAUCAGAAGUUAGCUACCAUUUGCACUGAUCCACACACCUCUCUCUUUCUUAAAACCCACGUCCGUGCCUUUCAAGCUACCAAACAGUGUAACCUAAGCUUCUUUUCUUCUUUCCUUUCUCUUCAAAGGGUCCAUUUUCCUUAUCACAGAAAGGUAAUAAUAGAGUAAAGAAGCUACAGGUUAGUAGUGCAUGAUGAUGCAAGGAAGUGGAGAAUUAACAGUUCCUCCGGGGUUCAGGUUCCACCCUACUGAUGAAGAGCUUCUUUACUAUUACCUGAGGAAGAAAGUUUCUUAUGAAGCCAUUGAUCUUGAUGUUAUCAGAGAAGUUGAUCUAAACAGACUUGAGCCUUGGGACCUCAAAGAUAAGUGUAGGAUUGGAUCAGGGCCACAGAAUGAGUGGUAUUUCUUCAGCCACAAGGACAAGAAAUACCCAACAGGAACAAGAACAAAUAGAGCAACUACAGCUGGGUUUUGGAAAGCAACUGGAAGAGACAAAGCCAUAUAUCACACAAAUUCCAAAAGGAUUGGUAUGAGGAAAACCCUAGUCUUCUACACUGGACGUGCUCCUCAUGGCCACAAAACUGACUGGAUCAUGCAUGAGUACCGUCUUGACGACGAUGAUAAUGCAGAAGUUCAGGAAGAUGGAUGGGUUGUAUGUAGGGUUUUCAAAAAGAAAAACACAACCAGAGGUUACCAACAAGAAGUUGAAGAAGAAGAUCACAUGAUUAACCACAUGAGGUCAACAAAUGGAGGUCCAUGCCAUCAGAUGCUAGAGCAAAAACAUCAUCAUCAUCAUCACAUGCAACAAUUAGGACUAUAUGAUUUCAACAACAAUCACCACAACAACUUUGAUGGUACAAUUCACCUACCACAGUUAUUCAGUCCAGAAUCAUCAGCUCUAGCACCACAGCCACCACCACCAACUUCCUUUCACAAUUCAUCCAUGGACAUCCUUGAAUGUUCUCAAAAUUUGUUGAGGCUCACAACAACAAAUACUACCUCUGGACUUAAUCUCAUGCAGCAGCAACAACAUCAACAAGGGGAGAGGUUGAUCAAUGGAGGUGAUUGGUCAUUCUUGGAUAAACUACUUGCAUCUCAUCACCAUGGAAAUAUGGAUCAGAAUCUGAGAAACAAGUUAUGUAACCCUCUUCAUAAUCAGCAGGCUGCAUCUGCUGAUGUUGGAUCAACUUCUGCUCAGAAAUUUCCAUUUCAUUACCUUGGUUGUGAGCCUCAUUCUCAUGAUAUUAUGAAAUUUUCAAAGUAAUUAAUUAAGAUUUUGAUGAUGAGAACUUUGGUUUUCUAGAAUAAGUUUUUUUUUUUUAAUUCCUGUUAGAUACUAUUUGUAAUUCCAUGCAUUAAUUUAGUUAAUUAUUUCUUUUGAGUAUGAAUUGUAUAUAUAUUUGCAUCUCUUUAAUUCAAUCUGUUAAUUAAUGUAUAAGUCUGCUUAAUCCAAACUUUAGAAACAUAUGUUUUGAAUAACUAGAAAGCAAAUUAUAUGAGAAUGAGAGAGUAUAAAGUACUCAAACCAAAUUUAAAGAACCAAACCACAACAAAAGCCUAAAAUAUGAAGAA